AGGAAACCUGACAAAAUAUUAGAUUUUUCUGUCAACAAAUACAGGUAUUUUUAAAUUAGAUGUUAAUUUAACAUAUUAAUGUUUUUUUUUUAUGUCCGUCAGGUUGUUGAAAGCUUCAUUCUCUUUUCAAGAAACACAUUGCUAGGUUCCUAAUCAGACGUGGGAGUGCGUAGUUGAACAAAUCGCUGGUCAUCAUGGGACUGGACGGAUGCGGGCUCGUCUGCAAAUAUAUCCUCGUCGUUUUCAACAUCAUCUUUGCGGUGGUGGGAUUAGCCUUUUUGAUUCUUGGUCUGUGGCUGAGAUUCAGUGACAGCACCAGAGGAAUAUUUGAAUUUGAGGCCUUCAACUCAAGUGCCUUUGUUAUCGGUGUGAUUGUACUGAUAGUUCUCGGUGCAUUGAUGCUGAUUGUGGUCACGUUUGGAGACUACGGUGCCUGCAGUGAGAAUAGAUGUGCUCUGCAAGUGUUCUCUGUCCUCCUGUCCUUUAUGGCUGCAGCUGAGAUUAUUGCUGGAGUGCUUGCUUAUACCAACAGCGAUAAGGUUGGAAGACAGCUCGGGGAGUUCUACACAAGCAUCUACACAGUGUAUGCGGCCAGUGGAGACCCGGCCAUAGCUGUCACCCUCAUGUUCAUCCACAAUUUCAUCGACUGCUGUGGCCUGACCGGCAUCCCACUGAUAGAGAUUGUUAAGGAGACCUGUCCCAAGCCGAAAGGGUUCAUAGACAACUUUUCUAUGUCUAGUUGUCCAGUGACCAUCUCAAGUCUCUUUGACAGAAGGGCAUCGCUGGUAUUGGGCAUCUUUGUGGGAGUUGGAGUUCUUUUGAUCGUAGCUCUGAUUUGCAGCGCAACCCUCAGUUCACUGAUUCGCCAGUCCACCUCAUCUCCUCAGUACAUUACCCUGACUCACACCACUCCUGCCCUGGCUGCCCCUCAGCCAUAUCCGCAUGACUUUGCCUCCACAUCCUACCCCGACCAGGACCCGGUCGUCUUCACGCCCCUCUCUGUGGUCAACAUCCCUGUGCCUCAGGCUUAGUGUGUUCAUGUCAGUUUCCACACACACUGUUUUGAUUUUGUACUACAGUAGUCUGGCAUGAAUAAUCAUCUGCUUCUGUCGGCAUGACCACAGCACCCGUUAAAGGAAAAAUCCAUUCUAUAAUAUAUAAAUCUGUAACGUAACACCCUGUUUGGACUAGUGGGAUGUUACCUAGUUCCCCAUAAAAAAAGGGGGACAAAAGCUGAUGAUAUGCCAAAGCUUUUCUAAACUCAGCAUGAGUGGGUGAAUUUGAACAUUUUAUUGAAUUAAAGGCUUAUUAAGCUCUUUCCUUUUCUGUUUUUAGCAAUCAUAAUUACCCUUCACAAGCUGGAAAUUGAUUUAUUUUUUUGUCCUACAAGCUUUAGAACCUACUUGACAUUUUGCUUUACUUCCUGAUUACAUCUUCCCCCCAAAACUGUUACUUUUUUUUUUCCUUUUACAGUAAAUGGGCUGGAUUUUUCCUUUUUCACCUUCCCGUUUCUCAGUAGUUCUUUUUCAUGAGUUUCAUUUUUACUUGCUUAUUUUGUAGUUGGCUUUGGUUGAGUGUAGUAGCAGCAGCUGGGUGGUGUACCCUCCUUGACACAAAACUAAACCACUGCACAGCUGUGUCCUGUCUCUACUCUUUACUUCCCCUCCUUCUUCUGUGUCUGCAUGACAGAUUACCGCCCUGGUCUGCACCACUAUCCUCCUGAAACAGCUCAAGAGAGUCCAUCAGCAGGUCACCACAUAUUAUUCAACUGUGUACUAAGAGGAGGACUGAUUGGCGGUUUCAGGCCUUAUCUUCCACCGCUUCAUCAAAGACCAUCACUUGAGAGAACAAGCUGAUUAGUGUUAAAAGAUUUUCCUCUGAAUUUAUAAUUCGUUUUUUAAGCAAAGUUGUGUUAAAAAUAAAUUUUUUUAAACAUCACAUUUCUUACCUGGCAUAAGGCUAAUAUUGAACGUUUGAUGUAAAAGCCUGGGAGCUUUUCACAUUAUUGAUGCUGUACUUAAUCGUAAACUGAAUUAUUCCUUUUAAUUUCAAGAUCAGCAAACAAGAUCCUUCGUUACUAAAUGUUCAGAUUUCAGUUGAACUUUUUAGCCACUUGUUACAUAUUUAUCACUCUGCUAAACCACGGCAGCUUUUAGAUGUUUUUUUGUCUGUGGCUGCACAGAAAACUUAAGCUACUGGCAGAUAUCACAGUUAAAAAUUUUAAAAAGGGAUCAUGUGAUUAAAAACAAAAACCAGAAAGGUAAUUCAUAAGCUUUUGUAUGCAGUAGAAAAUCAACACCUUGAAUAAAAUGUGUCUAGUUUCAUCUGCAUUCUGUUUCACAUCAUCCAUCCAGUCUGUUAAAAGCCGUUAUAACUGGAUAGAUGGUUUUAAGUUGUACUUGUUUUUCUUCAAGUCUUGUUUUUAUUUGUUUAGGUUAAAAAGACAUACACUGGAAUUUUUUUCCAUAUAUAUAUAUUUUUUUUUAUUAAAGCUACCUUCCAAUCAGUUUCCCUCAUAUAUAAUGCAUCUUGAAGGCCACAGGAAAGGCCAGAGACUAAUGUCAAGGACCUUAUUUGUGUGUAAUAUUAUGCAGGCUUUUCCUUUUUUACUCUAACUGAUAUCUUUUGUGCCAUUAACCUUAAAUAUAGCUUUUCUGUAAGAGCGAAGUAAAAAAAAAAAACUGCUUAAAUUUGCAACUUUGAUCCUUCCAUUUAUGCUGUUGUCCAAGAUUUCUGUGGCUGACUAAAGGUUUAGAAAACAAACUCCUGAAUAUCUUGAACUGCUUGUUUUAAUUCUCUGCAUUCUUGACUGUUGCAUUGCACUAUGUUAAGUCAUUUUUAGAUAUAUAUUCCUUUGUAGAUGUGUUCAUGUUUGCUGUUACGGCCCCUGGCCUGUCAGUCUGGUGAUGGAAAGUGGAUGCAGCUGUGCCUCGCUUUUUUGUGUAUUGAAUAAAAUACAUUUAUUUUAUACCA